GGGGAAAGCGAGAGGAUGGAUGAGGUGGUAUAUGACUACUUACAAGAAGCCUUUGCCUUCAUUUACGUCAUCAACAGUUCAAAUGCUGGGGGAAUUCAGACAGACAGGCUCGGAAGGCUGAUGGCCGUAGUUAACUCUAAAGGUCAAGAACAGUUUGAUGCAAAACACCAGAAAGGUGCUGCUGCUCGUGCAUUCUCCCCUCAGGCUGCCAUUUUUGUCUGCAACAAGUGGGACCAAGUGCCCCAACAAGAAAAGGAAGCAGUUCAAAAAGAGCAGCUACGUGUCCUGAAACGUUACUGGCCAGGUUGCACAGAGGAUCAGGUCUUCCAGUUGAGCACUUUGACUGCUGCAAAGGCCCUACAUCAUGACAUAAUGAUGGAUGACUUUCGUCUACUGCUUGAGGGCAUUGAGCAGCUCAUUCCUGCAACACUCCAGAACAAGUUGCAAGUGCACUACUGUUGGCUUGAACAGUUCUUGAGCAGGAUCCUCUACAAGGCAAGGGCUCUAGAAGCAAAUGUAGCCAGUGGAAAAAUCAAGGAAAGGCAAUUGCUUGAGAGAGAAAAGAGGCUAAAGUAUGCAAAGUCAACAGGAUCAACAAUCAUCCAGGACAUGAAAAAGAAAGUAGAAGAAAAAAUAAAACAGGGAACAAAGGAGCUUGGAAAGCUGCUUGGGGAUCCAAAGACCAAAGAAAAGGUUACUUCCUGGUCAUUGGCUGAUGUUCCUUUGGGAGCUAACUACUACCAGCUGGACAGAAUGGUGCAACAUGAGGUGCUUGUCCGCCUGGAACAUCUCAUCAUGGACUGGGAAGAGGAAACUGGCUUUUUCAAAGCCACAAAGUCGGAGUUGGAGGACAUGUUUCAUCAAGCUCUUGUGAAGUUAGAAAACGCCAUAGACAGUGCUGAGACCAAUGUGGCUGAUGACAAAACAGAAGAUGAAGUGUCAAAUGAUAACAGUGCAAUGCAUGAUGUGAGAGCAAGAGAUGUUCGUCUCUUCAUCGCACAGAAGGCAACAGGGGUAAUGUCCUCACUUUGGGUUCCCCUGGUAUUCCUCAAAGUUCUCCUUCAGGGACCUGCCCUAAGGUUUGUAGAGAUCAUCAGUAUGAGGGAAAACUUCAAGAUAGCUGGCAAGACCACAGACCAAAAAGAUCCAAAACAUCAGUUGGCAUACCUGCAGAGGACAAGUGAGAAAGUCCUUGAGAGAUUCAAAGACAACAGCCAGCUGAGGAAGUAUGUUACAACACAGAUGAAGCAAGCACAGCACGUCAUAGAGAGCUGUGAAAGGACAGUCAAUGAAAUCAUUGAAUCCAACAGACAGAUGGUUCUCCAACUACGACAAGAUGACAGGACAAGUGAUGAAGUGAAGAGGGCCCUUGGUCAGUUCAAAGCGGCGAUCAGUCAUAUCCACGAAGACCUAUGCAUGUUUGGCGCGGAACAUAUGAGACCAUUCGACUAUGAUGCUGCACAGAUCUCAAUAGAUGAGCAUCCCCCAAUUGUCAGUUCAUACUUCAGCAACAUCUACAAGGGCAAAUUGAACACAAAAAAGGUCAAUGCCAAGGUAACAGUAAAGAGCUAUGUGGGAACAUCAGAAUGGAGCGUACGUUAUAUGAUCUCAGAGGAGAAGUGCCUUAGGGGACUACAGAAGUCACACAUCAUUUCAUUCAUGGGUACUUCAAGAGCCAAACAUAAUGGUAUCCCCAUGCUUAUCCUAGAAGACAUGCGUCAACCAAUCAGGAAGAGAUUUACCAGCUGCAAAGCCCACCUCCCCAACCCAGUGGUACAGAGGUACCUGAUAGAUAUAGCUGAGGGUCUCAAGUACCUACACAAGAGGGGAAUGGUCCAUCUCAUCCUGUCUCUAGACACAGUCGUGGAAGCAGCUGAUAGGAAAAUCAAGCUGACAAGUGCCUGCACACCAAGGUGUUUGAAGGAACCAGAGGACACUGAUGACCUGCCAAAGGAGUACAUGUACCUGUCCCCCAAGGUGCUACAAGGUGCAGUGUAUGACCAAGCAGCAGACAUGUACAGCUUAGGCUUGAUGAUGUGGGAAAUGUGGAAUCAUAAGUCUAUCAGUCUUCCAUCUACUUAUACUAGCAUAACAUUAGAUCUGCUCAAAACAGGUGUGGUAAAACAAAACCUUCCUUCUCCAAGUAUGCCUGCUCCAGCAGAAAAUUGGGGGCACUUGAUGCAUUCCUGCCUAGACUCUUCCAUUAAGAUUGAAUCUUACACAUACUGGCUUCGUGCACCAAAGAAACAGGGGCCUUUGGAGACUGAAGUUUAAUCCGUACAACCAAUAUGAAAUUUAACUGGAAGUUAUUAGACUGAAUUUCUUCUAUGGCAUAUGACAGAGGUACAGCUCUGUACUCUAUUAUGAUGCACUAAAAAUGAAACUUAAGUUUACACAUAGCCCAUUAUUAAGCACCUUUAUUAUCU